UCCAGACCCUAGACCCAGCUCCAGGCCGCUCGCCCAGACCCCUCGACCCAGUCCAGACCCCCAGACCCCAGUCCAGACCCCUCGACCUCCAGACUCCAGACCCCUCGACCCAGUCCAGAACCCCUAAACCCAGUCCAGACCCCUCCGACCCCACCGUCCAGCCCCUAAACCCAGUCCAAGACCCUCGACACAACCCUCGAGCCCAGUCCAGACCCAUUAAAGCCCGAGUUCCAGACCGACCCUCCAACAACCCAGUCCCCCGACCCUCGACCCAGUCCAGACCCCUAACACCCCGAUCCAGACCCUCGAGCCCAAGUCCAGACCCCAAGACCCAGACCUCGCAGAGUCCUCAGGUUCCAGACCCCUCGACCCAGCCAAGACCCCUACAACCCAGUCCAGGAACCCCUAAACGCCCAGUACCAGACCCUCACAAGUACAACCCAGCUCAGACCCUAGCCCAGUCCAGACCCUCGACCCAAGUCCAGACCCCUGACCACAAUCCUCCCAGUCUCCAGCCCCAGACCCCUCGACCCAGUCAGACCCUGACCCUCAGACCCCUCGCCCAGUCCAGACCAUCGACCCAGUCCAGACCCCUCAACCCAGUCCAGACCCCUCGACCCAGUCCAGACCCCUAA